AUGGUGCAAAUCUCAACAGUACUGAUGAGAGAUAUUUGUGAACAGUUUAAGGUCACUCAUCAGAAUUCAACUGCUUAUCGUCCCCAAAUGAACGGAGCUGUAGAGGCCGCCAAUAAGAAUAUCAAAAAGAUUUUGAGGAAAAGGAUUGACAAACAUCGGGGUUGGCAUGAAAUUUUACCGUAUGCUUUACUGAGUUAUCGAACGACUAUCAGAAUAUCGACUGGUACUACUCCAUACUUACUAGUAUAUGGAACAGAGACAGUCAUACCUACUGAAGUUGACAUAUCGUCAUUGAGAAUCGUCCAAGAAGCUGAUUUGAGUAAUGUUGAAUGGGUGAGCAAGCGUAUCGAUCAAGUAACUUUGAUUGAUGAGAAGAGAAUGGUUGCCGUCUGUCAUGACGAGUACAAAGGAAAGUUUGCACUGAACUGGCAAGGACAUUACAUGGUUCGCAAAGUAUUAUAUGGAGGUGAUUUGAUCCUAUCAGAGAUAGAUGGUACCGUAUGGCCUAAACCUAUCAACUCAGACGCUGUCAAGAGAUACUACGUGUGA